AUGAAUAGCAAGCUUGAUUUUAAGACCAUCAGUUCAAGUCAGGCAUCCAUUAUGGGUGACCUCCAGAAACUUCUUAGCCAAGGAGAAUAUGCUCCUUUUAUCUCUGCUCCCAUCUUAGAAAGCAAGUUUGUCCAGGUUAAUCAAAGAGGGGAACCAAUUUCUGUCCAUAACCGACCCAGCUGCGUGACCAUCGGCAUCUGUCCUGCCGAUCCCACGUUACUAGUGCCUGAGGCAAUGCUGGUAGCAUGUGAAGUGUCCCUGUUCCCACAUGAAAGUAUGAAAAACUUCUGGAAACUCUCAGAGAUGCCAUCCCCUAUGGAACAGCUAGCACUUACCAGGCUCUUCCCCUUGAAGUUUGUGGAACUCUCUGUCCACAGCACAGUUAAUCAUCACCUCAUGUUGAAAUUAGUAAAUGGCCGUUCCUAUUACCUAGAGCUCUGUGCCCCACCAGACCAGCAACAACACCUAUUCCACAUGUGGCUGCAGCUCAUCUCUCUCCUGAAACCCCCUGAAGAUAUCAGCAAUACCGAAGUAGAUGUAAAAUGCAAGGAUUUUGACACGUGUCCCAAGAAAGUUCCUAGCUCAAACGACCCAUCGGAAAAGAGGGAUGACCCACAAGGUGUGCUGAACCCCAAAGCAGAGGAAGAAGUUGUUAUUAAGCAAAUCUCCUCCAACCAAAUUCCCCUCUCAGAUACAGUGGAUCACACAGAAGAGAGCAGAAUAAAAGGAGAAACCUUCUACAACAGCCUGAAACCAGCAAGGCAGGAAAUCACCAUGCAGUCAAAGAAUAUGAAUCUUUCUCUGGAUAUGAAGAGCAAAAGCUCAGAAAAGAGGAAAACUAG